AUGGAGGAGGGCAAAGAAACGUGCGGGAGGUUGAAGUCGUUGCGACUGCACAUCCCUCUAAACCGCUACGUGCUGUUGUUCCUGUAUUUGGUGGUGGUCUUAGCGCGGGGUUGCACCUACUGGGGAUGGAACGGCAUUCAGGAAAUGUUAUACAAGUCAGGGGCGUAUCUAUGGGAGUGUGACGACCCUUCAACUAUUACGGAGUUGCGAAUAGGCGACGAGAAGUACAUUGACUGCCCUGCAAGGAAACAAAUGUUGGGGGGUAUCUUCACCACAGCUUUGGGCUCGAACAUGCUUUCCUCCUUCCUUGCUGGCAUAGUUUUGGAUGCAGUUGGCCCCAAGAUAACGAUGUUAUUCGGCAUUUUGAUGGACGUUGCAGGCUGGUUGUUACUGGGAUUUUCAGGAGAAAGUUUCCGUGCCUUCUACGCGGCAGCUUUCUUCAUCGGAGUUUCUGCAGAUCCUGGUUACUUGCCUCUGUUGUCAGUUAGCAAGCUCUUCCCUAGCAACUCUUCCUUUAUUAUAUCCGUCAUGGGUUCUGUUCGUUCAAUAUCUUUUGCUGUUCCUGUUGUUAUGUCUGCGGUGUUCCAAAGUUCUUCUUUCUCUCCCGAUGAUCUAUGGAAGAUGUGCGUGGGGUACGUCGGAGUUGGUCAGGGAAUUUCGUUGCUUGUGACAAUUUUGUGUGUCCCCAUGGCUUCCUUCAAGGCGCCUGUUACAUCAGUAGUUACACCAGAAGGAGCAGCAGCGACCGACGAGGAACAACCUCGCGAUGCAUCAAAGGAAGAAGGCUCUGUUUCAACAGCAACAGCAGCGGCGGGAAGACAGAAAGACACGCGUUCUUUCGCACAAUUGCUUAUGGACCCCAAAUUUUUACUUCUUCUUCCUAUAUUCGUUUGCGCCCUUGUCCGUUCCGAUUACUAUGCGAAGUCCAACAAGGAGCAGCUGAUUACCUCUGACGGCCGAGACUUGUACCAAAUGUUUGCAAUUUUCAACAUCUUAAGCUUUAUUCCUGGGCCUCUCUUUGGUCGUCUUGUAGAUAAAUACGGCAUUAUUUUGGUGUUGUUACUAUUGAACUCGUCAGGGGUAUUGAUGUUCUUCUUCUUGGUAUUUGACUACCUCGCAUGCAAGGGUAUAUCGGUCUUCUUCUUCUUCAUCUAUACCUCCUUUGUGCUGAGCAAUGUCUAUUGUUUCAUAUCAAUCCACUUCCCCGAACACGCAUUUGGCAAACUGACAGGUCUUACUUCUGCAACAGGAGGGGUAUUUGUACUGAUUAGCAUGUUAUGGUAUAAGAAGGUGCUGGAGUACGAGCCACCUAACAACUUUAUUGUUGUUGACGGCAUUAUGGUGGCUGCAGGACUUCUAGUAUACGUGCUAAUCUUUGUUCUGUGGAAAGUAUCAAGAAAAGAGCGUCAGGCAGAGGGAAAGAUGAAACAACAGAAGACUCUACCUGAGCCCAAUGAGCCAUCUUCAACGAUUUCUGUAUAA